UGCCUUCCUUGGGGGGGCAUCCUUGACCCCCCCCCCCCCGCCACACACACAGGCCGUGACAGCCACAGAGAGGGGAAGAGAAAACAGGGACCGUGACACACAGAGAAGGAAGAACAGACAGAGGCCCAGCAGGAGACCCCCACAAGCCCGAGGAGGACAGCCCGGGGAUGCAGAGCGCAUGCUGGCCCCAGUGGAGGGAACAGAUCUCCCCGGAGCCGGGAGGCAAGCCUGGGGCUCCCCUGCCCUGUCCCUGCCGGUAGCCCCCCCGGCCGUCUCCCCGCCAUCUGUCCCGCUGCCGUCUCACCAGGUGGGAGCCAUGUUCCUGAGCCCGGGCGAGGGACCGGCGGCCGAGGGUGGGAGUCUGGGGCCGGGCGAGGAGGCCCCCAAGAAGAAGCACCGGAGGAACCGCACCACCUUCACCACCUACCAGCUGCACCAGUUGGAGCGGGCGUUCGAGGCCUCCCACUACCCGGAUGUCUACAGCCGUGAGGAGCUGGCGGCCAAGGUGCACCUACCUGAGGUGCGCGUGCAGGUGUGGUUCCAGAACCGCCGGGCCAAGUGGCGCCGCCAGGAGCGGCUGGAGUCAGGCUCGGGUGCCGUGGCAGCCCCGAGACUUCCCGAGGCCCCAGCGCUGCCCUUCGCCCGCCCCCCGGCCAUGUCGCUGCCCCUGGAGCCCUGGUUGGGCCCUGGACCGCCGGCCGUGCCAGGCCUCCCCCGCCUCCUGGGCCCGGGCCCGGGGCUGCAAGCGUCCUUCGGGCCUCAUGCCUUUGCUCCCACCUUCACAGAUGGCUUCGCCCUGGAGGAGGCGUCCCUGAGGCUGCUGGCCAAGGAACACGCACAGGCUCUGGACAGGGCCUGGCCGCCGGCCUGAGCCUGCUGCCCUCCUGGGCCCCCUCCUCGGUUCAGCCUGAGAGCUGGAGACGUGCCCUGGUGACAGCCACCACGCCUUGGCCUAGGCUGAAGUCACGGAGCAACCGUGGUCAGGCCAGGCCACCACCACUGGGGAGCGGGACCAGAGAUAGGCUGCUGGGUCCCCCACCCCCAUCCUGUCCCCCACCCCAUCGCCACCCAUCCUGCUGGCAGCGGACCGGCCCCCAGUGUCAGGCAGGAGGUGACCCAAGUAUUCCUAGGCCGGGGACGGGGACCCUCCUCCCCUCCUGGGGCCUCAGUCUCCCGUGUGUUAAUGGGGCAUGGGGGCCUCUGAGGUUCCCGGGCUGUGAGGCUGUGAGUGGCGGGGCCGCUGACUGUGUAAGAUGAGUGUACAUCUCUCUGCCACUCCCACUCCCCAUCAGCAGAGCUGCCCGCUCUCCAGGCUCCCGGUCCCCCCGAAAUGACAAUAAUGGCAACUCCCGCGAGCCUGGUCUCCUUUCACGGUACACCCACCACGUGAGCGCUCCCCUCUCUGUUGCGCCCUGGACCUUGGGCACAGCCGUCAGCCCAUUCUACAGAGAGGGAAACGGGGGCUCAGGCAGGAAGCCAGGUCCCCAAGGUCGCACGGCUAGGAGUGGGUGAAGCUGCCUUUCAGGCCCAUCACGGCCCCCCCAUCUGAGGCAUGGCAGCGGUUCUGGAGGGAGGGUGGAACCUUGUGUGGAGGCGGGCUGGUGCUGGCUGUGUCGUCGUCAGCCCCUGUUCCUCGCGUCCCCACAGACCCCAGGCCCCGUGCAUGUCCCCCAGCCCCCGUGCAUGUCCCCCAGCCCUGCAGAGGCACGGCCGGCAUCUGCUCUGUCCAACCCAGUUGCAUUGCCCAAGAGCUCUGAGCAAGGAGGCUGUCUCGGGGCCGAGAACCCGCUGUGACUGGCAAGCAUGGCUGGCCCAGUGCAGCAGGAGGGGCCCUGAGCCAUGGGAUGGGAGAGUCUUGGCCAGGGCCACCCCCUGAGACAGAAGUGCGGCACCAGGGCAGGAGCUGCAGUAGCUACCCUCCUCGUCUCCAGCCUGGGCUCCCCAGAUCACUCCCAGGUCACCGGGGCACCCCACCUCCAGGCGGCACCUCACAAGUCCUGUGGCCCAACGCCCAGCCACUGUCACUGUGCACCAGGCACUGGGGACACGGCAGUAAGCACAAGAAAGGUUUUUUUUUUCUUUUUAACCUAAACCAGGCCAGGUGUGGUGGCUCAUGUCUGUACUCCCAGUGCUUUGGGAUGCUGAGGUGGGAGGAUUGCUUGAGACCAGCCUGGGUGACAUAGCAAGACCCAGUCUCCACAGACAUUUUUAAAACGUGCCAGGUGUAGUGGUGCACACUUGUCAUCCCAGCAACCCGAGAAGCUGAGGCAGGAGGAUGGCUUGAGCCCAGAAGGUCGAGGCUGCAGGGAGCUGUGAUCGCACCACUGCAUUCCAGCCUGUGCAACAGAGCCAGACCCCGACUCAAAACAAAUAAAUAAAAAACAAACCUAAA